GCGGCGGGCCGAGGAGGACCGAGGGGAGGCGGCACCUGGGCGGCGGUGAUGUCAGCCGGGCGCUGUGCUCGGGCCCCGGCUCCUGUCGCCGUGUAGGGCGCGGGGGCGGCCGCGACGGGAGCGGCGAUCUGGCAGCCGGGCGGGUGCCGGGAGGCGGAACUGCAACUUGUGGAGCUCAGCGGCCCUUCGCCUCAGUACCGAACUUCUAUGGAUCAGUUUGCUAAGGACGUGCAAGAUUGGAAGAGCUGAGAAAUCAACGUUGAACCUGUUUUUUUCUUAAAAGUUGAAGCUGGAAUUUGCCCCUUUCGAGCAGGAAGAUGAUGAGCGACGCUAGUGACAUGCUGGCCGCGGCGCUGGAGCAGAUGGACGGGAUCAUAGCAGGUUCUAAAGCCUUGGAAUAUUCCAAUGGGAUUUUUGAUUGUCAAUCUCCCACCUCCCCAUUUAUGGGAAGCUUGCGAGCUCUGCACCUUGUGGAAGACCUGCGUGGAUUGCUGGAGAUGAUGGAAACGGAUGAGAAAGAAGGAUUGAGAUGCCAGAUUCCAGACUCAACAGCUGAAAUGCUGAUUGAGUGGCUUCAAAAUCAAAUGACAAAUGGACACCUACCUGGGAACGGAGAUGUGUAUCAAGAAAGGCUAGCACGGCUAGAAAACGACAAGGAAUCCCUCGUUCUUCAGGUGAGCGUGUUGACAGACCAGGUGGAGGCUCAGGGAGAGAAGAUCCGGGAUUUGGAGUUCUGUCUUGAGGAGCAUAGAGAGAAGCUGAACGCCACUGAAGAAAUGCUGCAGCAGGAGCUUCUGAGUAGGACUUCCUUAGAGACACAGAAGCUGGAGCUGAUGGCUGAGAUCUCUAACUUGAAGUUAAAACUGACGGCCGUAGAGAAGGACAGGCUGGAUUACGAAGAUAGGUUCAGAGACACAGAGGGGCUAAUACAAGAGAUCAAUGAUUUGAGGCUAAAAGUCAAUGAGAUGGACAGUGAAAGACUUCAGUAUGAAAAAAAGCUCAAGUCAACUAAAUCUUUAAUGGCCAAACUUUCUAGCAUGAAAAUCAAGGUGGGUCAGAUGCAGUAUGAAAAGCAGCGGAUGGAGCAAAAGUGGGAGACACUGAAGGAUGAACUGGCGUCUUUAAAAGAGCAGCUGGAGGAGAAGGAGUGUGAAGUGAAGAGACUGCAGGAGAGACUGGUUUGUAAGACGAAAGGAGAAGGGGUCGAAAUCCUCGAUCGAGAUGAAAAUAUUAAAAGGAAGCUCAAAGAGAAAAACAUUGAAGUACAGAAAAUGAAGAAGGCAGUGGAGUCUCUGAUGGCAGCAAACGAGGAAAAGGAGCAGAAAAUAGAAGACCUCCGGCAGUGCCUGAGCAGGUACAGGAAAGUGCAGGACCCAGCAGCUCUGGCCCAAGGCCAGGAGGGCGAGUGUGAGGGCCUGUUCCAUUCCAGCUCCAUCUCCACCCUGUUGGACGCCCAGGGCUUUAGUGAUCUGGAGAGAAGCACUUCUUCUACGCCAGGAAUGGGGUCUCCCAGCAGGGACCCGCUCCACACGAGUGCCCCAGAGGAGUUUCACACCAGCAUCCUCCAAGCUUCAGUUCCUUCGCUAUUUCCGACAUCUAUGGACGUAGAAACCUGUGAGAAACCCAAGCUGGCUACUAAGCCCGAGACUUCAUUUGAAGAGGGUGAUGGAAGAGCAAGCCUGGGUGCUGCCGCUGAAGUCUCCCUAAGUGAUGGUGUCUCAACUUCAAGUCUGCAGAAAUCCAGUAGCCUUGGAAAUUUGAAGAAAGAGACAUCAGAUGGCGUGGAAAAGGAGUCUAUCCAGGAGCCUCCAGAGGAUAAAGCUCCGACCGACAGCCACACAUUUGGGACCCUGCCUCCCAAAGCUCCAGGACAUGGCGCCUCUGUGGAUGACAGCCCCUUUGGCACUCGCAAAGCCAGGUCUUCCUUUGGCCGGGGAUUUUUCAAAAUCAAAAGUGGGAAGAGGACAGCAAGUGCACCAAACCUCGACCGUAAACGAAGUGCCAGUGCACCCACCUUAGCUGAGACAGAAAAAGAGACAGAUGAGCACCUAGAUUUGGCUGGUACAUCUCGGCCAAAAGGUUCACAGGGAACCAGUCCGUUCCAGAUGUCGCCACCAUCUCCAGAUUCCAGAAAGAAAUCCAGAGGCAUCAUGCGACUCUUUGGGAAACUUAGAAGAAGUCAGUCAACUACAUUCAACCCAGAUGACAUGUCUGAGCCUGAAUUCAAAAGAGGAGGAACAAGGGCAACUGCAGGACCCAGGCUUGGUUGGUCUCGAGAUUUAGGACAGUCCAACAGUGACCUGGACACGCCUUUUGCAAAGUGGACCAAGGAGCAGGUGUGCAGCUGGCUGGCAGAGCAAGGCCUGGGCUCCUACCUGAGUUCUGGCAAGCACUGGAUUAUGUCUGGCCAGACGCUUUUGCAGGCUUCUCAGCAAGACCUAGAGAAGGAGCUUGGCAUCAAGCACUCACUGCAUCGAAAGAAGCUCCAGUUGGCCCUGCAGGCCCUGGGAUCUGAAGAAGAGACCAACUACGGAAAGCUAGACUUCAACUGGGUCACUAGAUGGCUGGAUGAUAUUGGCCUCCCUCAGUACAAGACGCAGUUUGAUGAGGGGCGGGUGGAUGGCCGAAUGCUACACUACAUGACUGUGGAUGACCUACUGUCCCUGAAGGUUGUGAGUGUGCUGCACCAUCUCAGUAUCAAAAGGGCCAUCCAAGUCCUGAGGAUCAAUAACUUCGAGCCAAACUGUCUUCGGAGGCGGCCGUCUGACGAGAACAGCAUCACCCCAUCUGAGGUUCAGCAGUGGACCAAUCAUCGUGUGAUGGAGUGGCUGCGCUCUGUGGACUUGGCAGAAUAUGCCCCCAACCUCAGAGGCAGUGGUGUCCAUGGAGGGCUCAUGGUUCUUGAGCCUCGUUUUAACGUAGAAACUAUGGCUCAGUUAUUGAACAUUCCUCCAAACAAAACCUUGUUGCGCAGACAUUUGGCUACCCAUUUCAACCUUCUGAUUGGUGCUGAGGCCCAGCACCAGAAGCGAGACGCCAUGGAGUUGCCAGAUUAUGUCCUGCUAACAGCUACUGCCAAAGUGAAGCCAAAGAAACUGACCUUUAGCAAUUUUGGGAAUCUGAGGAAGAAGAAACAUGAAGAUGGGGAGGAGUAUGUCUGUCCAAUGGAGCUAGGCCAGGUGUCGGGUAGCUCCCAGAAGGGGUUUAGACCUGGCUCGGACAUGCGCCUGUAUGAAGAGGAUGAUUUGGAUCGGUUAGAGCAGAUGGAAGAUUCAGAAGGGACGGUGAGACAGAUAGGUGCGUUUUCUGAAGGCAUCAACAAUCUCACGCACAUGUUAAAGGAAGAUGACAUGUUUAAGGAUUUUGCUGCCCGCUCCCCAAGUGCCAGCAUCACAGACGAAGACUCCAACGUUUGAGCAGAGCACCUGGGCAAUGCCAGGAGCACACGUGUCAUUUUCCAACUUUGUUUCUCGGAUAGCGUAUACAGCAG